GGUGAUGAGAAUAUGUUCCGAGGAAAAGGACAGCAGCAAGUGAGUUCGACGGAUAAUAUAAAGGCGAUGAUGACGGCGGCGAUCGGGAAUAAGCUUGAAAAACGACUUCCGCUCGUCUCGACAAUUUUUGUCGUCGGCAAUGACGAGGAGGAAUUCAAUAUCGAACGUCGAACACUUUGGCAGGAUGUUCUUCCAGAUCUUCAGAAUCUCGCGUUCCAAUCAAAUUUCGAUCUCGAGUUCUGUGAUGUUCCUUUGGAAAACGGAGAGUUGACGAAUAGCGUCGCGGAGCACGUUCUACAGAUGUGGAAGGAUAAUCCUAGGAGUUGGAUUGUGCUCCUGCUCGGCAACCGAUAUGGAAAUGUGUCCGUACCAACAUCUUUACGGAAAGAAGAAUACGAAUCCAUCCGGUCGUCGAUCUUCGAAGAGAAUGGAAAUGUUCGAGUGUUUGAAAAGGCGUACACAAUAAAUCGAAACGGAGCCGUCGAGGAAUAUCGCCUUGUUCCGUCUGCGAUUAAAGAUAAGAAGCAGUUGGCAGAGAUCAUCAAGGCAUUACAAGCUGGAGCCAAGGCGGCACACGAAGAGGGAUCAAUAAAUCAAGUACACGAACAACGCCAAAAUCGAUUUUUCUCAUCUCCUCUCGAGACAUUUGUUCGUUCAAUCCUUCAAGUCUCACCGUGUCGAUGUCUGUUCUUGCUUCGAAAAUUCGAUCAACUCGUUGCCGAUCCGAACUCUCCGAACGCUUUUCUUGAGACCAACGAUCAAAACAGUCGGAAAAUUGAGGAUUUGAAGAACGAAAUAACUCUAAAAAUGAAUGACCGAGUGAUGACGCAUGUGCUGAGGCCUGAAAGUACCGAUAUCAAUUAUUUCUUCAACUCGAGAGAUGGCGAUAAGUAUCGGGAAAAAAUUGCAAGACAGUUUAACGAGAAAUUGAAGAAUCAUCUAGCUGAUAUAAAUCCUCCAGUACGACCCGAGCCACCGAAAUCUCCAAUGGUUUUGGCAGCGAAUGAGGCAAGAACUCAUCAAGAAUUCCUCGAGAACCAACUUGCGCUUGGAAACCUCAAACGAGACUACGAUAAACGUCUGGACGAGCUUGCAAGUGUAAAGGUUAACCGUGGAGUUUUUCUCAUUCAAGGAACGGAUCUUUGUGGGAAAACUCAAGCACUGUGCAGGCUUUAUCACAAGAUUUCAGACAAGGAUGCUUAUAAAGUGAUUUUUUUCACCAACCUCACCUACUCUUCAAACUUUGCACAUGAAGCCUGGCGAACCAUUUGCUUAAACAUCUGCUCAAUAUCAAACAUCGAUCCGAAAGAAGUUUUAGAGCAUUUUAAGUUAGGCGGCAUUUUGAAAAGUCUCGAGGAACUUGUGCAAAAAGCGGACAAGCCAGUUUGUAUAUUUAUCGAUGACGUUCACUUGCUCAAGUUUGGCCAUUUGUUAAGCCAAAUUGGGCGGAGAACUGAAACUGCUCCCGACAACUUAUCCCUAUUCAUGACGUCAUCCAACGUGGCGCCGGUAAACGCCGUGUUCGCAGUCACUCAAACAGUAAAUGUAGAUGUAAUAUCAGAGAAUGAAGUUGUCGGAAUGGUUCAAAAAAUGGCUGAAAAAGUGGAUAAAAAGCUGACAAAUGAGCAAAUAUCAGCGAUUCGACCAUUGAUGGCUGCAAAAGAUGGAAUUCUAAUUGCAAAAAGCUUUACACAUGAGAUAUUAUUCAAUGGGAAUAGUUCAAUGAAAGGAGGAAUGGAUGGAAGAAUGACAAGAAUUGAAAAAGAAUUCGGAAAAUUGGCAGUUGGAAAUGCUGUCAAAUUUAUUGCAGCUUCAUCUCACGGACUAACUCGUCUAGAAAUUCACGAUGCAAUAUCAGCUGAUAGAGAAGUAUUAGAAGAAAUGAAUAUGUCAAUUGUCUACUCACUUUUGACAUUAGACGGUAUCAUCGAGGCACUUGGACCAAUUUUACGUAAAGUGAUAAUUGAUGACCGUCAGAUUAUUGGAAUUGCACACUCUGGAUUGAUUAGUUGGUUGAGGAAUCGAUAUUUGACAAGCAGUCAGGAUAUUCGAUCUGCGCAUCUUCAAUUGUCAGAUCUAUUCGCAGAUUUACUUAUAGAUAAUGAACAGUCUCCACGUCAUGAAAUUGCAUAUCAGAGCUUCUCGCAGGGUAUAAAACGGGACAAUGGAUCUCCGAACUUUCGAAGAUUACGGCUUUUAUGGUAUCACUGCCUUCAUUCGGGUAACCUCGAUCGGCUCAAAGAGCUCUCUCUGUGCCAUUUUGAAUAUGUUGAUUAUGUGACACGCUACUUUGGAAUUUCACAUCUUUUAUCACUUUACGAGGAGUGCGCAACACAGAUUCUUCAUCAUGAUUUACAAGUGAUCUCCGAACAAGUCCUAGUUCCUGCCUUGGUAACCAUGGCACGGGACAGUGAACAACUGGCUGCUGAGGUGAUCGGAAGGCUAAGGUUCACACGACACGAGAACAGUCAUUUUCUGAAUAGUCUCGUGGAUCAGGCAAUGUCAUGGGUGGAUCUAUACAAUAGGCAACCACUUCUAGUCCCACUCACAUGUUGGAUAUCUCCUCCCGCGACGAAAGUCUGCAGAAGCUUCACGCUAAAAGAUUGGAAGCCGGGGAACACUGUGCUCACGUUAUCUGCAAAUCAUCAGUACAUUCUGAUAUCCGGAAAUCAAUCGGAUCCUGGAGUUAUCUACGCAUAUCAUAUUGCAUCUGAACAGUUGAUUGGAACAUUUAAAGGACAUACUGCAGCCGUCACGUGUCUUUGUUCAAGUAAUGAUAGCUCACUUUUUGUGAGCACAUCGUUUGAUAAAACUGUCAACGUUUGGGUAUUUUCGCAGAGCACCCCCACAAUGUCGCUGACCCAUCACACUGCAAAAGUGACGUGUGCAAUCCUUACCAGUGACGAUCAAUAUUUGAUCACUGCGUCCGCGGACUCAUCAGCAAAAAUGAUCAAGCUGGAGACCGGAGAAGUGAUGAGAUCAUUCAAUGAUCAUACAGGAUCUGUGGUUUCUCUUCAACUUACAUCCAAUAAUCAAUUCUUGAUCACUGGAUCCGGUGAUUUUGUGGUUCAAAUGUGGGAUGUGACAAAUGGAAAGUGCAUAUCUAGAAUGGGAGGAUUGAUGGCUCCGGUUAGCACGUUGGCUAUUACUUCAAACGACGCAUUCGUAGUAGUUGCCUGUGAAGAUGAAACUCUGAAAGUGUUCAGCACUGUCGGAGGUCAAGAACUCCACGAGCUCAUGGGCCACGAGGGAAAAGUGAAUUCACUUGUUUGUGCUCAAGAUGACUGUCAACUAUUCGCGGCGACAAAAUCCAAAGUCUUCUGCUAUGACAUACAUAACGGGCAGAUGAUCGAUGUGUUAGAUACAGCUCAGCCAUUUCCAAUUUGUAGUUUGAAGAUCUCUUCUGACAACUAUUUCCUAAUUUCCCCGUGUGGCCCAAAAGUGACAAUAUGGAAUGUAACAAAACGGAACCAUGAUGCACAUGAUGUUCACGCUGACAAAGAAGGAUUCCUGACAGCAGUCGCACUUUCAAACGAUGAUAAAUAUGCAGCAUGCGGAACAAAUAACGGAAUUGUUGCUCUUUGGGAUCUCGAAGUCUGCCAGUGUGUCUUCACGACAAUUCAAAACAAAGGAGAUCCAAUUACCUGUAUAAGAUAUUCAGUUGACAGUCAAUACUGUAUUUCGGGAAAUCAGGCUGGAUGUAUUUUGAUUUUGGAUGCUCAGAAUGGAGGAGUCGUUCGCGAACUUUUUAUGCACAGCAGCGAGGUCUUAUCAAUAAUGUCGCUGGUUCAUAAUAAGAUGAUAUCAUGUGAUAUUCAAGGAAAAAUGGUUAUUUGGGAGUUAUUCGGAGACGAUGACACGCCUGAAAUGGUAGCAACUGGAGUCAAACCGCCGAUUUUUGUGCCUCCAACUGGCAGGAUUAUGGUUGGACAUUGCUCGUUGAGCAAUAAAGAAAUGAAAAUUUGGGCAUUCCCCGAGGAAGGACCACCCGUAACCCGCGCCAAACUCUCCCAUAGCGACGAAAUCACUUGUUUUGCCACGUCACCAAAAGGAGGAAAUUUCAUUGCGACCGGAUCCCGGGACAUGUCGUUGAAAAUCUGGCAAAUCGAUAAAGGUUUCCUGACUCAAGUUCUAGUUGGACACGAGAAUGUUGUCACGUGUUGCUGCAUAUCAUUUGAUGAACGAUUGGUUGUGUCGGGUGCUCGGGAUGAGAAGAUCAUCGUUUGGAAUGUACAGAGUGGCGAUAUGGUGUGCACGGUUAACACUACAGCAGCCAUCACGUCACUGUCAAUGACUGGGGAUUCUACUGUCGUGUUUUCAACUACGGAAGAUGGCUGGGUAGAGACAUGGUCUACCACGAAAGGUCGCCUACUUUCGACCUUCAACGCUCAUCGACCUAUCAAGAAGCUCAUCAACUCGUACGAAUCUCACCGAAUGCUCCUUUUGCUCGAAAACUGUGCUCAACUGCCAAUUCUCUGUCUACAUAAUACCCCUGCCGUAGGAGUAGAGGCAACAAGACGGCGAAGUGCGAGAGCUCAAUCUGUGUCAAGUGCGUCGAAUGAGCCCGUCGCAUCGACAAGUGCUGGUGAGAUAAAGAAGGAUCCCAUCUUGUCAUCGAAUAACGGAGGAAAUGCACAAUCUGCUCCGCGAGCAACUGCACCAAAACCAACUUUUGAUAUGCUCGAGAGGAGUAAAAGCAGGACGUCCUUGAUUGAAAAAGACCGAACGACAACGCUAACCCAAUCAAAUGCGCCACCACCACAAAAAUCGAAUAUGUGUACCUUACUUUAACUUAUUGUUUCUUUUUUUGUAUCUUUUUUCUACUUUAAAUGUGUAUGUGCUUCAAUUGAAUAGUUAUUGUUUCAAAAUUUAUAAAUUAUUGUUUUAAUG